CUUAAAGCCUGGACCAGGACCUGCUCGACCAUUCGGACUGGACCAAGCGGAAUCCUCAGCACCAUGAAGUCCCUGCUGAUUGCCCUACUGCUGCUGGUGUUGUGUGACGCCCAGAUCCACUUCACGCCCGACUGGGGCAACAACGGCAAGCGCUCGCUGGAGGAGGACCACACGGAGCGGAUCUUGGAGGACGUCACGGCCUCCUGCCUCCAACACUCCGACCUUAAGUUUCUACUGCAGAUUGUCCACAUUUUAACGUCUGAAUCCCAACGACUGAGCGCAUGUUUCAAGGAGCUGCAACGAUAAGAACCACCCGCCAGCCAGCACAAAGUUUUGUUCUAUUUAUUGACCUGACUUGUGACGUCAGCAAAGAGACGAGAGGUCAAAGAAAAUGAAAUAAAGCAGAUGACAA